UUCAUGGGGCAUUGUGUUUUUCAUUCUAUUGCAACGUUAUGCUCAAAGCUUUCGCCAUCGUCACCGGAAUUUCAACACGCAUGCAAUUUGUCGGGUGCUGCUGAUACUGCGCAUAUCAUAGCGACUUCGUACCUUUACAAUCGUGAGUACACCAAAUGCAUUGAGUUUUGUGGCUCGGAACUAUUUAAACGCGAGAAGAAUGAGCCGCAGCUUUUUGCUGCGACAGUGGCUGCUCAUUAUCAGCUAGCAAAAGUUUCGUCUGUUAUGCAGUCAGCCGUGCGUUUUAUACCGAUUAUCAUCAAAAACAGUUGGUGGUUACCUCAUUCCGCUAUAACGAAUGGUGGAGUUGAUAUGGAGGAGCCUUUCUGGUUCAUUCGUUGUUCAGCGGCUGGUCAUUGGCUUUGUACUGUGCUAUUGAAUACUCUUCGACCUCUUCUCACUGAAACUAGUGACAAUCUACUAAUUUCGACCAUUUUAUUACUGUCACAAGUCGACUUUACCUCAGUCGGGUUUUCUGCGUUCAAUGAGGCGAUCUCAAUAGCAGAAAAUAAAGAAUCCUUCAAAAGCAUUGACAUAUUCGAAUUCAUUGGUGAUUUAGCUGUUAUGGAUCGAAUAGUGUUUAUGGCUUCUUCGCGACCUGAAUGCUUUCUCCCGGAAUCAACUGAGGAUGCACAGACAGAACUCCAGAAAGUCAUUGAAGCUCGUCUAAAAGUGAUCGACGAAGCUGAAAAGAUUAAGCUGACUAUUAUAUAUCUGUCAAAAAUUGGUAAUGACUUUGUUCGGCUGCUGCAGUCCACGGAGAAAUCUUGA